AUGGCGGCGGGCGGAGCUGGGACGGCGAUGGCGGGCGGCCAGGCUCGGCCAGUGCGGUCUCGAUCGCUGUUCCUGUGGGAUGACGGGCGUCCUAUGCGAUUCUACCUGCGGCCCGGCCUGGCCAAGCUGCGCCUGGCGCCCCUAGUGCUGGCGGGCGGCGGGCGGCUGUGCCGCGUGCAGGAGCCGGGGGCCGUGCUCCUGGCGCAGCUCGGCGAAGCGGCUCCCGAUGGCGCCGUCUCAACCGAGUACGUGACGGAGUGCGUGGAGCGCAACCAGCGGCUGCCGCUGGAGCCCUUCCUGCUGGCCCCCCGCGGCCGCCUGGCCUUCACAGAGGAAGAGGAUGCUGCGCUGCUCCGGGCGGUGCGCGGCCAGGGCACGGUGCGGGUGAGCGGCCGUGCUCUGUGGGUAGAGCUGGAGCGGAGCGGCCUGACGCGGCACAGCUGGCAUGCCAUGCGUGAUCGCUACCUCCGGCACCUGCGGCCGCGGCUCUGGGAGCCCCCGCCGACGGAGGAUCCCACGCAGAUCAAGGGUCUGUUCGCGGCAGCUAAUCGGGAGUUCGAAAGCACGGAGUCAGAAAGUGACUCUUCAGAUGUUGCAGAACUUUCUACACAAGAUGGAGUGGGAAGAUCCCCAGGAGAAACAGCAUCUGAUCUGAAAACUGGGCCAGAGGUCUCUGCUUUCCCUGACAUUCAGUUACAAAGGCAAGAAAGACCAAAACACACUUGUUCUUCUUCCAGUGUGGUGGGACAGGUCGUAAAAACUAUGGAGCACUUCAUGGAGAAGUUUGCUGUGGACCUCUUCACUGUUACACAGGCCUUUCUGAAAAACAGCGGUGAUGUGGAGGCUACUUCAUACUUUCUGCAGACAGGGCAGCGCUCAGAUGGGUACCCUGUAUGGAGCAGAGAGGAUGAUUUAGAAUUGCAAAAGGAGGAUGAACGUGUCAGAAAUAAAUUGAUAGCCAAAUUUGGAGCUGAAAAUGUAGAUAAGCGGAUAGCGUUUAGAGAGCAUUAACAAGAGGACAUUACUGAUCUAGUACAGUUGCAUGAAUCUAAUAGUCAUUUCAGAAACACAAUGGAAAAUUUGGUCAAAGUUCUGAAGUUUCAGAAAUGCUUUAAAGUAUUUUUUUCAUAUUAAAAGGCAUAUUUUGCAUCUUUACAGAUCUAAGAGAUGCAGCUGCUUUAAUCCAAACAAAGUAGCACUUGUACCAGGCCGUAUAUUCUAGUUGGGAAAAGUACACCACCUCUCAGGGCUAUAAGUAAUAGUUGAAGUAGGAAAUGAAAGUUAGGAGACAAUGAUCAGAGGUUAUGUAUCUCUCACCAAAGUUGUGUUUGACAAAGAACACCAUUGCUAGGAUACAGUCAUGAUCUGAAAAACUCAGUACUUCUAGCGUGAAAUUGUGCUCUGGUCCCUUAUUUUGGUAUUAUUUAAACUGAGUCCUAAAAAUCUGGAAUUAAUUAUUUUUCUGAAAUAAAAUAGGCUGGUAAAGGCGAAGAUUUUUUUUUUUUUAAACCUCUCUAAAGAGUUAACAUUUUGGGGUUUUAGCAUAUUGCACUGUGGCACUCAGAAAAUGAAGGUGAAUUGGGAAAUGGCUGAUAUUAAGCCAAAUUAAAAUUAUACUGAAAAUAAAAACUAUAUAAUGAGACUGCUGUUUCAGGAAACCACUGCAACACCUACUGAUUAUUUGAGGAGUUAAUCAAUAUAGCCAAAUAAAUGCUGAAACAGCACUAUGCAGUGUUUCACUGGACUGAAAAAGUGAGAAUUAUUUGACAUAGUCAUGCUAUUCAGACUUUGAACAGUUUUUUGAGAUUCGUGUGGAAGCCAGACAAGCACUUAAUGAGAGAGUGGACAACAACAUAGUAAAUAAAGUAAUAAUUUAUUUUUUUAAAAUUAGAAAUGUUGCCAGCUUCGUUUGAUAUCCAAGAUUGCUGAUGACCAGGUUCAGAAUAGCAGACCUGUCACCUCUCGCAGCUGAAAACUCCCCUUCUAGCUUGGGCUGUGUACACAUCUCAGCAGCACCAUAGUGUUGCAAUGGUCUUGUUUAGCAAAACUGCUCUAGAAUUCAAAGUGAGGUAGAACAUAUUAAAUAACUGCAAUAUGAAAUUGUCAGAUUUGCUCUUAUCUUUCUCUAAUUCUAAGUGACAUUUGAAGAGUGAGUUUGUCUUACUGAGGCAGUUAGUCUGAGGUGCAGUGAAAACUUCUGAGUCCACAUACCGUGUUUUUGCCUUUGUAGAGCCAUAUGGACACAUUGUCUAGUGCUGAGAAUCUUUCCAUGUGUGCUUUGUGCACUCUGUAGAUGUAGGAACUAAGACAUAAAGACCACAGUUUACUCAAGGUUGCCCUCUUUCAUCUGUUAUGAACUCCUGAAAGGCACUGCUUAUCCACAAAUUCACUUGCUUGUGCAUGCAUGUACGUCUAGGUCUCCUUUACCAGGUUAAAACCUGGAGGACCCAGAGAUGACACCAUAUUGUAUGGUUCUACUAUUGGUUCUGUCUGUUCCCAUGAUAAAAAUCCUCAUUUUCUGUGCUUUGUCUUACCUACAACACAGUUAUGCUCCUUUCAACAUGCUAGAGACAGUUUGGUUUUCCAUAUUCAUAUCAGGUUUCUGCACUGUCACAAAAGGUCAGGAAGGUUCUUUUUGUAGCCAAAGAAGUUUCUUUCUAGUAUUGCCUGGAGCAGCAAUAUUUAUAUACCUGGAAAAGUGAGCAAAGUGGAAAUGCACAUACAAGAACUUUGAGUUAAAGACAAUUCUACAGCCAGAAAUUCUGGGUCUGCAAACUAUCAUCUAGAAUUUGGGUAUUUCCUAUUUGCUUCCUUUCAGAGUUAGCCAGCAUUCAUCAAAAUCAAUUGAUUUCUGUGCUUUCAUGACAAGAGUUACCAGUGAAAAACUGAUUGUACGCACCAGUUUGAAGAGCAACAGACAGGAAUACUACAGACUCAGUUUCUAAAUUUCCUUUUGACUUCUCCAUCUUAACAUUUACAUCUUACAUUUUAUACAUUGGUAUAAAAACAGAGUUUGCUCUUCUAAACUUAUGCAACAUAAACUUAAUGUUUGCUUCUAAACAGACUUCUGUGGUCUUUGCACAUUCCAAAGGAUGUAGCCAUAGUUUUACAUGUCAUCGUCAACAUCUUGAC